AAGAAACGGGAACUUUUCAGUCUGACGGAACUUCACCUUCGAGUAGGAGAGAAGUGUUUGAGUACCAUUAAAAUGAGGGAAAUCGUUCAUCUUCAGGCCGGACAAUGCGGCAACCAGAUUGGAGCUAAGUUCUGGGAGGUGAUCAGUGACGAACAUGGUAUCGAUCCGUCCGGGUCUUACGGGGGAGACAGCGACCUGCAGCUGGACCGGAUCAACGUGUACUACAACGAAGCCUCAGGUGGCCAAUAUGUCCCCCGUGCAGUGCUGGUGGACCUGGAGCCAGGCACAAUGGACUCUGUGAGGUCUGGCCCCUACGGUCAGGUGUUCAGACCUGAUAACUUUGUCUUUGGCCAGAGCGGUGCUGGAAACAACUGGGCUAAAGGCCACUACACAGAGGGUGCUGAGCUGGUGGACUCGGUCCUGGAUGUGGUGAGGAAAGAGGCGGAAAGCUGCGACUGCCUGCAGGGCUUCCAGCUCACCCACUCCCUGGGCGGAGGGACGGGCUCGGGCAUGGGAACGCUGCUCAUCAGCAAGAUCCGGGAGGAGUAUCCAGACCGCAUCAUGAACACGUUCAGCGUGGUGCCGUCCCCCAAGGUGUCGGACACGGUGGUGGAGCCGUACAACGCCACCCUGUCAGUCCACCAGCUGGUGGAGAACACGGACGAGACCUACUGCAUCGACAACGAGGCUCUGUACGACAUCUGCUUCCGCACCCUGAAGCUGACCACGCCCACCUACGGAGACCUCAACCAUUUGGUGUCGGCCACCAUGAGCGGGGUGACCACCUGCCUGCGCUUCCCCGGCCAGCUCAACGCCGACCUGAGGAAGCUGGCUGUCAACAUGGUGCCGUUUCCCAGGCUGCACUUCUUCAUGCCGGGCUUCGCCCCGCUGACCAGCCGCGGCAGCCAGCAGUACAAGGCGUUGACCGUCCCCGAGCUCACCCAGCAAAUGUUUGAUGCAAAGAACAUGAUGGCGGCCUGCGACCCUCGCCAUGGCCGCUACCUGACGGUGGCCGCCAUCUUCAGGGGCCGCAUGUCCAUGAAGGAGGUGGAUGAGCAGAUGCUGAACGUCCAGAACAAGAACAGCAGCUACUUUGUGGAGUGGAUCCCCAACAACGUCAAGACGGCCGUGUGCGACAUCGCUCCACGUGGCCUGAAGAUGUCCUCCACGUUUGUUGGGAACAGCACCGCCAUCCAGGAGCUGUUUAAGCGCAUUUCCGAGCAGUUCACUGCCAUGUUCCGCCGCAAGGCCUUCCUCCACUGGUAUACUGGUGAGGGGAUGGAUGAGAUGGAGUUCACAGAGGCUGAGAGCAACAUGAACGACCUGGUGUCGGAAUACCAGCAGUACCAGGACGCCACUGUCGAAGACGACUAUGAAGAUGACGAGGAGCUCGAACAGGAGGAGGUUUAGGCACGUUCCCAAUUAUAGAGCUCUGUAAGACAGACGUCAUAGAUGAAAUACGAUUGGUUAAACAAAUGACCCACAAUGAGGAGGCCAUAAUUGAAAUGAUGUGAGGUCAACGGCAGAUGUGUUGGAACCAAAAAUGUCUGUCAGCCCAGAAUGUUUGUUUGAAAUCAAUCAAUAUGCUCAUAAACUGAUAGAUCUGAGAUUUCUGAACAUGUACACAAACCAUAACCAGUCUUGUUUUCUUCAAAUUGUUUUGAAUGUUUAAUCUUGCUGCUUUAUGUCCUCUAUACCAAAGACUUUUUUUCUUCUGUAUUUUCUCUUACUUUUGAUCCAGGAUUUCAGGCCUAUGAAUCCUAUAGCAAUUCCAAAGAACCAAUAACAGUAUACUAUUGUUCUACUGCCCAUUGUCCCUUCCUGAAGUGUUAAUUCAGGAAGAGCUACCUUUUCCACAAAUUUAUGUUAUUCAGUUUCUGCACAGUCCUUUUGUGUUAAGGUAAUCUUAAUCUCAUUGUGUGAAUAUCAGGUUCUUUUCUAGGUACGUUAUUCCCACAGUUCAAAGAUGUACAUGUUUGCAUCAGAUGAAGAACAGCCAUAUCAGGUUUUAUCAUGGUCAGCUGCUUUGGGGUCUUUUCUUUUUCUUGCUUUUUGUUCAGAAGCUGGAAGCAGCCACUGUGGCAUCAGAUUGCAUGGAAAGAACCUCAUGAAUGCAGUAGCACCUGAAAGCCGUGACAAUUGUAUUUUUCAGAGCUGGUCAAUAAGGAAUCUGUAUACAGUAUUACAGUUAAUACUUUCCUGUCUUAGCUUUGCAUUUUGUCCACUACAGAUGCAUUUUUAUUACCUGAAAUUAUGUUACUGAUUUCUAUGAUGUCGACAGCUGGAGAUAAAUUUGAAAAAAAAAAGUGAUUUGUAAAAGGAAAAAAAAAAUACAGUUUUGGACUGAUGAAAUUAAAAAUGGC